AUGGAGCUGCCCUGCUUCUCUGCCUUCUUGGCACUUCAAGUGCUGUGUUUUAUCGAUGCCUAUCCCGGGGGGGCACCUACAGGAGCCUGCGAGGACAUGAUGCCUCGACACUCCGGGGUGCUGCCGCAGCCUUCACCUGCGCCCUACUCUGUUCUCACCAACACCAACAAUUACCAGCCGGGGAAUCCCAUCACAGUGACGAUCACUGGACCAGAAUACAGAGGUGUGCUCCUGGAGGCUCGGACCAGCGGCAACACCAACGCUCUGGGGACCUGGAAUCUUCCUCCUCCAGACACCAGGUUUCUUGAGUGCAAUGGGGCACCGCAGGGGGCUGUUACUCAUUCCAACACCAACCUGAAGGGCAACACCACCGUAUACAGAUGGAUCCCACCCAAGUUUACAGUCCCUGUCUACUUCAUGGCCACCAUAGCUCAGCAGCGGACGGUCUUCUGGAUUAAUGUGAAGUCCAGCACUCUGACCAGCGGCAAACCAGGAGGUCUCAGCUUUGCAACGGGUGCAAGUGCCGGACGAGCUGAAGAAAAACCUCUGCUCCUCCUCGUGUUGGGUUUUUUAAUGUUCCAAGUGCUGGCGUGAACACGAUGU